GGGGGUGCAGCAGGGGUUAGAUUAUGAAAACAAAGCAACGAUUCGAAGAAAUGGACUUUACACUUUAAUAUUUCAGACGGAGUAAUGUAGCGCUGACAUAGCUAGUACUUUAAUAGCUUUUCUUCUAGCAAAAACCGGCCAAUAAGUUCUGCAAAAUGGCCCCUGGCAAAGCGAAAAGCGUAGAUGAAAUUACUCUCAUGCAACUGUGUGACAUGAUGAAGAUUUUUGCUAUAACGGACGAGGGAUUGUCGGAGAGCCAGAUGAGGUCUCGAUUAAGAGAUGCGUUAAACCAGGCAGAAAAGACGACCAACUGGUCAGUAGGAAAGGUAAGGUAUUAGAGAACAAUCGAGUUUUGAUCGUUAUUCAGUAGCUUACAUUAUGCCACUUCGCGUGUGCGUUGUGGGGUCAUGCGAGUCGCAAGGCGUUUAGUUUAUGCUAGACCUUAUGAAAUACCGAUCAAGCUUUAAAUUUAUGAACAGUUUUUAUUUCAUUCCAUUUGUUUGGUGGAAAAGAAUCCUAUUUUUCUUGCAAGAACUGGUCUCCGACCGGAAGCUUAUUCACAUGAUAUUAUCCAUUGUGAAACCGAAAGUCUUCCGCUUUCAUCUCACCGAUCACGUGACAAUUAAACGUUAAUAGAAGGAGCAAGAUCACCCAUAUAUUGUGGAUUCCUUGAGUUAAUGUGCACUUCUUUGUCCCAUUUUUCCAAUAUAAAAGAACUUUUCAAAUUAAAAAUAAAGGAAAAGAAGGCUUUAGUAUACAACACCCAGGCAUUUUUCCUAAUAACUGAACAGUUUUCUUAUAAUGAAAGCAAACAGAGCGAGGUGACACCUGAGGUAAAUUCGGCUAUCUUAUGCACGUCCACUCAGUGUGAUCAUAUUGAUCAUAUUGAGAUACAUUGUUGUAUACAAUACUGUUGAAAUUGAAGUGAUUCGGCUAUUCCGAAUGAACCGGUAUAACCCCAUAUUCAAUUCCAGUGAAGUUGUCUAACCUGAAAUUUUCCCGGUACUUUGAAACAGUUUUCUCGGAAAAGAUCACCCGAUUCUGGCACCAGUCAGCAGGGCUCAAAGUUUAAAUUUGACUUUGGGAGCACUUGUGUUACCAGAUGUAAAUUUUUAGGCGCACUGCCGAAAUUUUAGGCGCACAGCUGAAAAUUUUAGGAGCGCAGCUUAUAAUGUUGCGAGCAUCUAUUUCAAAAGAAAAAGUAAAAAGCUUAACAGUACCACGUUUAUUUGUCAUCUUCAGUUUGUUACUUUUACUUCAGUCCUGUGAUUGAUAAAACACAGCCGAUUUGCUACGCAGUAAUACCGUUGUGAUUUUUAAUACUAAUUUCUCUUUUUGACAGUACAGUUGUGACUAAAGAAAACUUACACUUGAAAAACAAUUCAAAACUGACAACAAUGAGUGUGUCGAACGAGAAUGAAAAUUAAUCUUUAAUGAAUUUGUUAAAUGCACAAUGACUUACAUAUAACUGGAACAGGACUUAAAAAACUUUCUUACCUGGAAAAAAGGCUCUUAAUCCGCACUGUUUUCGUUUUGAUUGACGUUAAAACUGAACGUUCGACAUGAUCGUCCACUGCGCAAAAAGUACGUGUUUCGUUCGUAACAUAUGUUUGCAUGUGUCAGCGGUGUUUAUUACAAAACAGAAGAGUCUGGUAUGGAGUAAAACAUCGAAACGAAAAAGAACAUUCGAGUUCGUAGAAUCCAUUGGAAGAAAAGACCAAUUGAACAUACACCAUCUUUCUAGUUCGAGUUCGUAAGUAUAGUCGGAAGUAAGUCAGCCGCACUGUGCCUUGGGUUUUACGGCGCACAGGCGCGAUUACACAUGAAUUUUUAGGUGCACAACCAAAAAUCCAGUCGCAUAUGCGACCAGUUAGUCGCUAACUUUGAGCCCUGCAGUCUGGUGCCAACUUUCCUUUUGAAAAUUUUAAUGUACUUUUAUGGCUCUAGUAAUACUCUGAUAAUGCCGGAAAAUACUUACUUUACUCUUUUCAGGCUUUUUCCAUUUUGUCGAAGGCCAAAGAAGAAGAUGACAUUAAAAGACAGGCCUUGCUUGGCUUUUACGCCAAAGCCCAAGACAUUCUGAGUAAAAUGGACGAACCGAUGUUAACUUUACUUCAGAGGCACACAAAAAAUGUGAAAGAAGUUUUGGAGUGGCACGAAAAGCAGCUGAAGCAGACGCACUACUUUCUUCUUGUGUCUGGUAAAUGAUUCAUCCCCCGAAAAUAGUGUUCUGUUUAUUAGCUAUAAGUUUCAUAUCUGAUGACGAUUUUUCCUGACUCAGCCAAAAGCUAAAUAUAGAUCACAAAUAAUAUGUAAAUUAAGCCAAGCCACUAAAAGUAGAUGCACCCGCACAUUACUGAACGUUAAUUUGAAAGAACAGUGCUUGUCAUCGACAGUAAUUUGAAUACAGUCAUGUUUUACGAGAAAAAUAACAUUCCCCCCCAAUUUUUUCCCGUUAAGUAGUAAGUUAUCUGCAUUUGAAUAGCGCAAAUGUUUACGGGGAUAAAUUGUCUACUAACGUAUUAAGUUGUUUUGGCAUCAUAUUGGUUAUCUUGUCCAAAAAGCUACAAAAAGUUACCACCAAAGCCCUAAAAUAACGAACCCUGAAAGUAAAAAAUAUCAGACCGACCGUAUGGCUGCUGCUUGCGAAGUUUAAGAAUUAUUUUCAGUUUCGGAACUAUUACGCUAGAUGAGUGUCAAUACGACUGAGAACGACUGAAAUUUCAACUCUGAUCUGUUGUUUCAUGUCUCAAAUAAAAUCAAGGUUAAAAAAUAUCGCAUUCUCCCAGUUAAAUGUUUGAAAGUCUACAACGCCUAGCUGCACCUAGUUUGUUAAGAGAGUGAGACGCCUGCUUGCUAAUGAUGGGGACUAACUGCUGAGAACAUCUGGUACAAUGGGGAGGGGUGAUCUCUCUCAAAGCCGUUAUUGUCUCUUCACUCAACGCUCCUUCCAAGGGAGGAUAUACCGUAUUUAUUCGAUUGAACGCCUAGACGUUUAUCAAAUUUUUAGCGUGCGUUUAUUCAAGAAUGGCGUUUAAUCAAGGGCGGUAAAUCGUUUGUAAAUAUUAUGUAAUGUAAAGGUUCCAAUGUCUCUCUUAUUUCGCUGAGAUAGAAAUCGUAAAUGUCUGGAUGGUGUAAAUUACCAAGUUGUAUAGCCUGUGUACAGACGCCCCCCCCCCACCCCCCCCUCCCUCAGAAAAUAUCGGGAGAAGGGGGACGUCUGUACACAGGCUACAAGUUGUAUCGAGGUUUUUCUUAUUUUCAUUAGGUGCGCGGUUCAUUCGAGGACGUCGUUUAUUGGUAACUUUACUUCCAUCAGCGGCGUUUGAUCGAGGGCAGCGUGUAAUCGAAUAAAUACGGUAAGGCCGGGAGGCGGCCGUUCUGGCAAAUGCUUCCAAUAGGAUAGUUCCGUUUUGGGUGGCAUAAAACGCCAUCCAAUUUACUGGGUACCGCACUGGGCGGACUUGUCGUUUUGGUGUUUUUGCAGGUGAAACGUCCUCUGGUAAAAGCAGCCUGGUGAAUCUUAUUCUUGGAGAGGAGAUUCUGCCGUGUUGUACCACCCCCACAACGUCCACCAUAUGUGAACUGAAGUAUGGAGAGAGACCUGCAAUGGUGGUGCACUUUAAAGACAAGGAUCCUGAGACAGGAGAGACCACUAAAAACAUCCCAUUUGGCGAACCUUUUGAACAAAGUAGUUGUCGUAAGCAGAUCUCGACUUUUGUUCACAAGAAAGGUUCAUCGUUUAAAAAGGUUGAACUUUUCUGGCCUCACGAUCUUUUACAGGUGAGUAAUAAUCUAAUAGGACUGAGUGGAGUCCAGUUCUGUCUGUAGUCAUACUACGCGAUCGUCCGAUUUGUUUAAUCACGAAUAUCUCUACAGACCGAAUUGGAGGGUACAUAGUCACUUAAGAGAUAUUUCGGGAGUAUUUUGCCAGAAGUUAAAAAAAAAAAAAGAACAAUAACAAAAACAAAACUGUCCUAUUACACUGCACCUAUUAAUGCUGAAACUCAAUCAAGGCAGCUGAUAGUUUCAUGAAGAUUUCUUAGAAAUUUCUACAAUUGCUAAGAUUUUGUAAAAAGUUUGACUUUCAAGGAAUUUAUGUUGUUUUUUGGAAUAGAAUGCCCUGAAUUUUGAGCACCUUGCUAAAAAGCAGACGUUAAAAAUUCAAAAGUUAUUAUAAAUCUUUGGGAAAUAGCCUGCAGCACAGCCAUAUUUGCAGUGGUUUCCGGAAUGCGGAGAGAGGUGUUUAACCGACCCUUGAGGGCUAACCCCGAGACGAUUUCUUGCUCUCACUUGCUCUUGCCCCCGUAAGGCCUAUUUGCAUUUUCCCUCGUUCUCAAGAUAGAAUUAAUUACUGCGCUUUUCACAAACAUGCGAAUUCUGAAGUUCAAAAGCCAACUGACGAUUGCGUUUUUCGCUGCCGUCAAUCAUCUUAACGGACCUCUUAGGAAACAAAACUUUACUUUAACGGGUUCAAAAGGUCAAGGUUUGUGAUUUGUGAUUGGUGGAUUUCGAUCCGUUUUGUGUAUUUCUGUGUUUCAAGGUUCGUUGCUUGUGAUCGUAAUUAUGAUUGACGGCAGCGAAAAACGCAAUUGUGAAGGCGGCUUUUGAACUUUAGAGUUGGCAUGUUUGUGAAAAGCGCAGUAACUGGUCUAAGAUGUUCCAUACGCUCAUAUCCGGGAAAUGAUAAGUCUUCAUUAAUACCAUCCUCAGAUAACUUUUGUUGCUGAAUUAUAGAAAGGAAUAGUGAUCAUUGACAGCCCUGGUGUUGGAGAAUCUGACGAAAUGGAUGAAAUGGUAAUUCAGUAUCUCCCAGAAGCCUUUGCUUUUAUAUAUGUCGUCAACAGUUCAAAUGCUGGUGGAGUUCAAAAGGACAGAGUGAGUGCUUAGAUUAGUGUGUGUUCGCUCGGUUUACACGGAAGCUGAGAGUAUUUGCGGGGUAAUUAUUCUGGUCAAAAGAACUGACGGCCGAUUCCUAAGGAAAUUUCAACAAAAACGCGUGGAUGAUGAAGCUUUUAAAAAAACUGGACUUAGAUUUGAUCUAAUUAAUCCCAUUUCUGAGGGUGGCUUCUUUAGUUUAAAAUCCAAUUUUGGAUUGUAGUAAAGAAACAUACAGUCGUUUUUGGAUUCAACGAUGCAAAUUUAGAUUUCUCUGAAGAAGCAAACUAAGUCAAUACCACAUUUCCAUUCAGAAGAAGUCAAUUAAUUCACUUAGUAUAGAGUGGGUGAUGACUAAAUAAGAAAACGCGAAUGGCUAAGGUUUUGCACCAAUAUUUUUUCCGAGAGCUGUAUUUCGAAAAAGAAAGGAAGAAGCACUCUAUAGUAACUCGGAAUAGCUUCUAUUUGGUUGUCUGUUACAGAAUAGUAUUUUUUAGGGGCCACCCCAAACAUGGACCACGCCCAUAUUGGCCUCCAUUUGCAGUGUUUAAUUCCAAUUUUCUCUAUGAAGUUCAUCGCCCAUUUCAACGAAGCUCUUUUAGGAAAAAUUUGUUUGUCUCUUGUCCCCUUGUUGUCUCCUUUUUCUACGUAACAAUAAUAAUGAGGACAUACAUUUAUGUUAUUGUGCCAACGUUAAUUUUCUCUCGCAGCUUGUAAAGCUGCUCCAAAGCGUAAGGGACGUGUCAAUCGAUGUGCCAGGAAAAGGAAAAGAGGAUGUUGGAUUAUCCCUUGAUAUGCAGGAACAACUGUUAUCCAAGUGUGCUUUGUUUGUGUGCAACAAAUGGGACACCGUUCCUGCGAUAGAUGUGCCAAUCGUUAAAAAAGAAGUUAUAGAGAAACUCCAAAGGGUCUGGCCUGGUGUUGAUCCCGAUUCACAGAUCAUUUACAUGUCAACCACGAACGCUAGUUAUGCUCAAAGCCUUCUUGGUGUUAUCAUCAAAGAAUUUUCAUCUUUAAUAGAAAGAUUGAGGUCAUUGGUCUUGCAGAGUAUCGAAGCAAAGCUGGAACUUCAUUGGGAGUAAGCGUUAUUGUACAUGUUUUAAUUUUGUUCGUCGCCACGUGCACUGUGAAACUUAUGGACGGGUGUUAAUAUAUUUCAUUGACGAGUAAGAGUAGUCCUGUAACGCCGCAAAAUGUAACAUUAACGCGAAAUGUAACAACUUUUGACGCGAAAUGUAACAUUAACCCGAAAUGUAACAACUUUUGACGCAAAAUGUAACAACUUUUUCACGCGAAAUGUAACAACUUUUUGACGCAAAAUGAAACAAUAUUUUUAACGCGAAAUGUAACAAGCAAAAUGUUACAGCCUUGAAAUAACUGAGAGACUUGGACAUGAGCCUUGUAGAUAAAGUGUAAAUUGUCUGAUGAUUACAAAAACAGUUUAUUUAUAAAGUUUUCUAAUAAUGAAUGAUUAUUUAUAAAGUUUUCUUUUAAGAUAGAUAUGAAAUUUCUCAUUUCUUACCGGACUUCCAGUAAAUGUGAGAAAUUUCAUACCAACCCACUCCUGCUGCCUUAAAAUUUAACCAUGCCAACGCCCAUUUAACACUGUUGAUUAUCUCACGCAGUCGGAUGACUGCUCCGCUACACUUUCCUUUUAGGGAAAAGGGGAGGAGGUGGGUAAAAACAGACAGCGUCGGAUAAAAACAGAAAGCGUCUUCAUUCGACGAAAGUGUGAAAAGAAUGAUCAGCAAUAGAUACUCGCCUCGAUUUCAUACGGGCUCAACUCCCUGGAGGGAGUCUGCUAAAAAUGUACCAUCCUAACCCAUCUAAUACGUCCUAGAUGUUGUAACGCCAACUUUCUUUUCAGCGUCACACAUGUGUACAGAAAGAUAUAUUAAACAACAAUUCGUUCGACUGUUUCAGGAUUUAGUUACUAUUAUCGAAAAACGUUUUUGUAAGUUUAUUUGACAUUAUAAGAAAACUUUAUAAAUAAACUGUUUUUGUAACCACCAGACAAUUUACACUUUAUCUGCAAGGCUCAUGUCCAAGUCUCUCAGUUAUUUCAAGGCUGUAACAUUUUGCUUGUUACAUUUCGCGUUAAAAAUAUUGUUUCAUUUUGCGUCAAAAAGUUGUUACAUUUUGCGUCAAAAGUUGUUACAUUUCGCGUUAAUGUUACAUUUUGCGUCAAUUGUUACAUUUUGCGGCGUAACAAGUCCCCCACCCGUAAGUUUUUUUCUAGUAACGUAACGCCCCUCCCCAGUGCAAUAGUAGUGUGUUAGUAGAGUAGCCAGAACCAGUCUAUCUAGAAUACCCAUCGCGCAAGUCAACCUCGUCCCAGGGUUCUUAAUAUGGGUAAAUCCGUGGGAACGAGGUUGCAAACAAAGUGUAACAAACGUUUACGGUUAACGGCAAACGGCAGACUCAAGUGGGGAAUUUCUCAAAAUAGAAAAUUAGCAGAUAAAAACAGUCUAAAAUAAUUCUUGUGAGUAAAAUUAAAGUGAAAAUACUUAUUUUUUGUAUAAAUAAAGAACUCUUUUUAAAACCUUAAACGCCAUUUAACCGUUACACUUUAAGGCCGUUCUUAAAGAGGAGGGUCACGUGGCACAAAGUUACGUUUGCCGUUGACAUGUCUCUAAAUCUCUCUAAUAUCAACAGAAGACUGGAUCACGAAUUGAUAAAUAUAUUUGUUUGUAGAUGGCUUUACAAACUUUUUUCAAGGAUUUUCGUUCAAGCAAAAGUGUUUACAGUAAACGCUUCCAAGAGCCCCGAAACAAUCAAGGAGAGACUGGCCAAAACUUUGAACGGCUUAGAAACAAUUGAAAAAGAUCAAGGUAAAGACAUAAAAGACCUCCGCAAACGUUUCGAAGAAAAAAUUGACAGUGUUGUGCAUCAACUCGCACACCAUCUCUUGUCAGAUGACAUAAAGAAACGCUUUACAGAGUGGUUCAAAGAAAACGUUCCAGAUAAGGAUGCGUCCUGGAAGGAAGUUGAAGAGAAUGUAAACGCCGCUUUUUCCAAACGUUUUCUGGAAAUUGUAGAUCAGUGGGAACAGGAAAACAAAGUGUUUUCAACCACUUGUACUUUCCUCAUGGAGCAGUUUCAAAAUUACGUUAAUACUGUCGAAUUCAAAUUACAGAAUGUUCAAAGGGAAGCCGUAGAUGAUGACUCCAGCAAUCCAAACAAGGUAGUCUUUAGAAUUCAAGUUUCAUUUUUGCAGAAAGCCAUUUGGAACAUAAAGAAUGUUACUCUUGGCGUCAUAGGGCGGAUUAUUCGCCUAUGGAUAAAGGCAUCGAUCGAUGACAACAUUAAAAGGGAUAUCCAGGCUUCCGAUGUAAAACUCUUGUACACAGAUUUAUUAGAAGAGGUGUCUAAAGGCAUCCUCACUGAUAGUAUAAAAAAGAAGCUUCAACCGUUUGUGGAAGACAAAUUAAAGGAUGCUAAGCUCUAUCUUGAUAGAAUUGAAGCUCGCCUACAAGAGUUGAUCGAGGCGGACAGGUCACUUUAUGAGCAACUCAGGAAACGACCGGCUCGCUAUCAGCCUGUGUUUCAGGAGGUAACACAGCACAUGGAUCAGCUGGCAAAAUUUGGCUUAAACGAAGUUUGUGCUGUAAAAAUCGAUCGCGAGGAAUUGGAGUGGAAAGAAGAAACGUCUUCCUGCCUUGGCCGUGGUGCAUCUGGUACCGUUUACCAAGGAACGAUGAAAAGAGAUGGAGAGGUAAAAAAUGUGGCCUUAAAGGUGUGGAAUAAGGCGCGUGAUGCUGCAAAUGCAAAAGAAAUCAUGGAGGAGGUAAAAAAUUUGAGGUAAUGAUUGUACACUCACUAGUCCGAAACAGCUACACCUCCACAUAUAUACUUUCUUCUAUACAUUUGUGUUAGUACACUACUUGCCUGCAAUGUUUCUCGGCAGUAUCAUAAUAUGGUCAGUUUCCUUGCAGAUUUUCAGCGAAAAACUGUAGUUGAAAUCUAUCGUCCGACGAGUGUUACAUAUUUUUGUUUAUUUUUGCUACCAGUUGGAGUCCGUGCAAGUUAAGUAAUUCGACUCUUUUUAGGAUUCUUCUAUAGCUGCUGUCGGUGAUCUCUCUCGUCAUAUUGUUGAGUUCUGCAGUUUUGACGAAACAGCUAGGUUGCCACGCCACUGUCUUACGUGACGUCAUCGUGGAUAACUUUUGCUGAUAUUCCAUCAGUUAUGAUUGACGUCAAUGAUAAAAUACCGUGGAACUGAAUCGAUAUAACUAAGGGCCAAAGAAUUCUGGCAACAUGUGCCAAUAAUGAUAAUUAAUAAUAAUAAAAUGAUAAUGAUUAUAAUAAUAAUAAUAAUAAUAAUAAUAGUAAUAGUUAAUCAAUUAAUUAAUUAUUAAUGAUUUAUCUUCGUCUUUUCUGUUAAUUAGAGUGUUAAACCACCCCCACAUUGUGAAGUUUUAUGGCAUAUUACUUGACAAAGAAACUUCACAAACGGCUUUGGUCAUGGAAAAGUGUAAAGGAAACUUAAAGAACCACAUCUUCAGCGGUCCAGAGUCAGUUCCUGGCAAAUCUGAAAACCCCGCUGUCUUCAGAGACGUACGCCGUUGUGCAAAAGAGAUCACCGAUGGUUUGGCUUUCAUGCAUGCGAUGGGAGUCUUACACAGGGACCUCAAGUUGGAAAAUAUCUUGGUACUAAUCGUAUAAGAAUACAUGUAUUUUUUCACGAUUGUAUUAUAACCAAUUAUUGGAUGAGGUUUUUGUGAUAUCCAGAAUAAUCAAGGUCGAGGUAGUGGUUAUCACCGUAGCCGAAGGCUGAGGCUGAUAACCCUUACCUUACAUUGAACGAAAAAAAAAACUCUUUUUAAAGAAUAUUUCAGUGCCAUUAAGAUAUUGAAAGUAUUUUAAUUAUACUCGACUUACCUCAGAUCAGGCCGAAUUUUAGUAAUUCUGAUACUACCACUCUGAGGCAGUAUCAAAAUUACUAGGUCCCACAAGUCAACAGUUACCGGCACCUUUCAAACGAUUUAUUUACAGACUCAAGCAAAAAUGACUACAAGAGAAUGACUGGACAGUCGACAAUUUGAAAUAAACGACGGUUAGCUCUGUGACAGAAGACGGAUCGAAACGCACCAAUGACAUUAGGAGUCUUCAUAGCUAAUAAUAUCACGGCUUAACUGACAGACGACCAAUACCCAGAGUAUCAAUACCCAGAGUUUGAUACCAUGAAUUGACUUGAUACAACUCACUUUGACUCUUAAGAUGACCAACGCACACUGACAGGUUGUCGAAAAAAGGUUAGCCACUGUCAACAACAGUCCUAUGUUCAGGACUACAUUCACCCGUAAGAUCGAGAUAUGUCCAGAAAUGCACGCAUUGGCCAAAAUGGCAGAAAUGGCAAUUAAUCGCCAAAAUCGCCAAACUAUAAACAAAAAUUCAAAUGAGAUGGCAAAGGGGCCCUUUGCAAAGUGGCGAUUUUGGCGAAAAUGGCGUAUUUGGCGAAAAUGGCAGAAAUGGCGCUUAAUCGCCAAAAUCGCCAAACUAUAAACAAAACUUCAAAUGAGAUGGCAAAGGGGCCCUUUGGAAAGUGGCGAUUUCCGCGAAAAUGGCGUAUUUGGCGAAAAUGGCAGAAAUGGCAAUUAAUCGCCAAAAUCGCCUAACUAUAAACAAAAAUUCAAAUGAGAUGGCAAAGAGGCCCUUAGCAAAGUGGUGAUUUCGGCGAAAAUGGCGUAUUUGGCGAAAAUGGCAGAAAUGGCGCUUAAUCGCCAAAAUCGCCAAACUGUAAACAGAAAUUCACAUGAGAUGGCAAAGGGGCCCUUUGCAAAGUGGCGAUUUUGGCGAAAAUGGCGUAUUUGGCGAAAAUGGCAGAAAUGGCGCUUAAUCGCCAAAAUCGCCAAACUAUAAACAAAAAUUCAAAUGAGAUGGCAAAGGGGCCCUUUGGAAAGUGAGGAUUGUUAAGGUCUACAUUGAACCUCAAAAGUUAGAGUGUCCAUGGCAAGGAAUUAUUAUGAUUUCAAGGACUUGGUAGUUCUCUCCUCGAGUUAUUAGUGGACUUGUAAGUCUUUGAAAGGAAUGAACCAUACAAAAGCAAAUGAUGCUAGUGUGAUAUUUCAGCGCAUCACAUCACGUUUGGUAAGUCAAGCGACAUCGAAAGUAAGAAAAUGUUUACUUAACCUGUGAAGUACAUGGCACAAAUACAUAUUAGCUUAACUGAAACGACUUCCAUUUGUUGUUUUCAGAUAUAUUUGAUUCAGUUGUAUUUGAUAAAAUAAUGUUGUUUGACAGUUAGGUAAAGCUGUUUUGUAAUAUAUUUGAUUCAGUUGUAUUUGAUAAAUGUUGCCUCACAGUUAUUGGGGCCUCUUAUUAGGCAAGUAAUUUGCCUCACAGUUAUAAGGACCUCUUUAGUUAUCUAUUUUGAAGGGGCCACUUUUGGCAUCCAAUUUGAAUAUUUUGCUGCAUAUCACCAGCCCUCUGGCGAUUUUUGCCAAAAUCGCCAAUUUCGCCAAAAUCUCAAUUUUUGCCAAAAUCGCCAGCCUCCAAGGGGCCACUUUUGGCAUCCAAUUCAAAUCGCCAGAGGCUGGCGAUUUUUCGCCAGUUUCGCCAUUUUCGCCAUUGCAUGCAGGGCGAUUUCUGCCAAAAUCGCCAAUUUCGCCAAAAUCGCCAUUUUCGCCAAAAUCGUCAACCUCCAAGGGGCCACUUUUGGCGUCCAAUUCAAAUCGCCAGCAGCUGGCGAUUUUUCGCCACUUUCGCCAUUUUCGCCAUUGCAUGCAUUUCUGGACAUAAGUGGUAAGAUCAUGCUCCACUUUCUAAUUAUGGACUGUCUCGCUUUCUUGCCCAUGUCAAUUUCAAUCAUUUCCAGCUUGUAAAAUAAACCCUGAUUUCAGGUAGGCUCGACCAUAUGAGUGCACCCAAAAUUACACUGCUUUGUAAAUACUUCACGUUGCGAUUUUAGUGAGCGGCCUGCCGCCGUGAAAAGUGCUGUCGGUUCACCAUUAUUGUUACUGAGAACCUGUUUACACGAGUCCAGACUAAAACGGACAAAAAUUUGCACGGAUCCGUCUAUCGUUUACAUGAGACCCGCGGAACUCUGCAAUUCAGUUUUUAACAGCAAACCGUAUUGCAAUCUGUAGCAUAUUUUUUUCAGGCUUUCUUUUCGCAACUGCUUAUGUUGCGUCUAUAACUGCGAUGAUCUUCUUUCAUAUAAUCCUUUAACCCGCAGUUCUCAUAUAUGAUUUUUAUAUAUUCAUAACUUCAUCAUCAUCCUUUCAGAGGGUUUAUAACGAACCAGCAAAAUUGGUAGAGCGCUACACCGGUAUUGCAGAGGUCAAGGGUUCGAAUCCCGUUUAAGCCGAAUUUUUUUCAGGCUUUCUUUUCGCAGCUGCAAAAGUUGCGUCUAUAGCUGCGAUGAUCUUCUUUCAUUUAAGAAUUUGCCGGGUUCCGUAUUAACGGGUUGCACAGGUGAAAAUCCGUCCUUUAAAAAUUUGUCGGGACGCGCGUAAAUGGGGUCUGAGAGAAAUGAAGAAAAAAGUAUAGUCACUGCACUCUUCUAAAAGUCUAUAUUCCUUGUCCCAUUAAAGCUGACUGACGAAAACACAGUGAAGAUUGCCGACGUGGGCCUGGCUAAAGCAGAAAUAGACAUCACCGGUACCUAUACGGGAACACCUGUUUAUAUGGCACCUGAAGUGUUCCAUUCCCAAGUCUACUGCACCAAGGCAGACAUCUACAGCCUGGGGCUGUUAAUGUGGGAGAUGUGGUACGGACAGAGGGUCUUUGUUAACGUUGCAGCAGCAACACUUCAAGAUUACUUUGAUUGGAUCGAUAAAGGAAACCGUCCAGUGGACAGACAGGGCUGCAAGAAGCCUCCAUCCUUCUGGUGCAACCUGAUGACAGAGUGUUGGGGCAGUAAUCCAGCGAAACGCCCCACAGCCAGAGAAUGUAACCAAAGAAUAGUCGGGGUCUGAUACUAAUGCCUGAGCCGUUAUAGGAUAAUGUGAUAAACUAGCAUUUGUCAGAGCUUUGUGGCAAAAUUCAAGAAGCUUCAAAAGAAGGAUUCAAAAAUUCGUAAGAGGCCAGGUUUCUCUAUUGUCAAUCUCAAAAGAGGCAGGCACUCAAAAACCCAUAGAAAUUCGAUAAAAACGAUGAAUGUAACCGACGCUCAGAACAAGGUAACGCCUAUAUUCAGAACACGGAAAUAGAAAGUUGUAGUUAGCAAUUUAUCUGCUAUACUACUGAGCUACUCUUGUACAAUGUAGCUUCAUGGUAAGCAACAAGAGCUUUAUUCUCUCUUGUAAUCAAAUCUCGAAUUGUUUUAACAAUUACAGUUUUUGUUAACAGUGCUUUCAGGAAAGCAAUAGAUAACAACAGAUUGAAGCUCCUGAUGAUAAAUUUUUAUUGUACUUUUUGAUCUGUCAGGCAUGGCUCCAAGAAGUCAAUGAGUUGUCAAAGGAAUCAUGGAGUCUAUAAAUAGGUUGAUGUUAGUCUAGUUAAAGGGGCUAUGUCAGCUGGAGAGCAUGCGCUCUGAGGUUAUGCAAAUUACUUUCAACUGUCAAAAUUCUAUUGUUUUUAACGCGUGACUUUCUCCAUGUGCGCUCUGAGGUUAUGCAAAUUACUUUCAACUGUCAAAAUUCUAUUGUUUUUAACGCGUGACUUUCUUCAUGUUCUCUGUCACGUCCAAGGUUCCGAAUUUAGAGAGGUUAACAAGCGAAAUGUGUUUGGAUAAGGGAUAUUUCGAUAGAAUUUAUGGAACGUUUCUUCUCUGGUUAUGCUAGAUCAAGAAUAAAAUUGUGACGACAAUUUUACUUGUAGUUUUGAAGUAAAAACGCAUGCCAUUCAUAAAAUAGAGCGCAAACAAAAAUUCAACAACAACAUAUUGUCUUAUUCAACAAAAUAAAUGGAAGUUGUAUUUUACAAACGAGCUACAAAAGACGCUAGACCGAAGAUAAAGACCAAGACUGUUUCAAAUCAUUAACAAUUAGACUUGUCUGUCGCUACUGAUUUUAUAAUUUAGAUGCUGAUAGAACAAGAGACCAAGUCUUUGUUUUGAUCUUAGGGAAACAUACAUUAUCGCGCAAAAUUGUUCGAUCGUGCCAAAUCACUGCGACGUCGAGAAAAACAGAACCCAGCAUCAUUGGUAUACUACUCCACUAUAAGCAGUCCGUUGAUAAAAAGGGAAAGUAAACUCUGCUAUUUUCCAAAAUUAUGCUCGAACACAAACAGUUCAAAAACAUGGCAUUUACAGGAUCUAACUCGUACUAAGGUGCCUCUCUAAGUCCGUUGAGAACAAUCUGGACGAGCAAACGGUCGUGUUUAUCUUUGCCGUGAAUCGAGAUAAAUAUAAGAAGGAAUCUAGCCGAAUUUUAGAAUGUUUCCUUCGCCAGGAGUUUAGUUUCGUCACGAAACUCAUGGCCUGAUGCUCUUGUAAUCGUUUACAAAAAACGGCCGCCGCCAACUCGAUAGCCGCUUCACUAUAUGUCCACAUACUUUGAGCACAAGAAAAAUCCAAGAGCCAGCAGCCUCUAAAAUAACUCAAUAGAAAGGUCCUGUGAACUAUAGGGAAGAUUCCAUCAAAGAUUCCAUCACUCAUUGUGGAGUAGCCGUCAUUAACUCUGCCAUUACAACGGCCGCUGAUAAGAGGACACAGUAAAUCCACGUAAAAACAUUCCACAGGCAAACAAUUUUAAAAUAACGCCAAAAAAUUGUUCUGUAAUCACCAUAGAUCGAUUCUUAAUACAAAACUUCGCUAACUAUCGAACGAUGGCUGAGAUUUAGACAGAUAAAAACAGCCUUCCAAAAUCUCCGACACAACUUGAAAAAGUUGGGCCGUCUUUUUCAAGUUUGUCUUCAUUGGCUCGCGCAUGCGUGUUGGGUGACAUAGCCCCUUUAAGUGUUCUGCGAUCUUUCACAAUCGUUUCCACUGGAAAAAAAAAACAGACCCCAACAAGGGAAACAAAUAAAAACAAGCAUACUUUGAUAGUGAGGGAAAAUUUACGUUUAGGGUGAUAGCCUUCAACUUUCCAAAAGUUAACUACCAAGAAAAACGUUAUAGCUAUAGAACAUACAGAGUUUGUUAACAUGGCGUAUUUGUAACGCUGUGAGAGUUGUGUCAGCAUAAGGAUUAUUGAUGCAGGGCCAGCACAGUCCCGCGGUAAAUUAUGAUAGUUUUGUUUAUGAUUUUGUUUUUUUUUUUUCAAGUUGUUUUUCAGGUUUCUUUUACUUUUAGAAAAAUGCAAGAAUUAAAAACAGAAUUUGGCUUGAUCGCAUAAAAUUUUGCUUUUUGGUAGCUUCUCCAAAGAAUUUAAAAAGGUUCUUGUGAAAUAUGGACCUAAAGCGAACUAGGUAGUCUGUAUAUUUGCAG